GUUCCCUCUAACGGGAAAGAGCGAAGGAAAAGAGCAAUAGGCGGAGAGGAACCGGAGGGGAGGAGAGCCCAGAGCUGGAGCGGGAGAGCAGCGAGACGGACGUAAACGUUGAGAGGACGCCACUGCCUCGCUUAGGUCGUCGUGAUUGGAUGAAGAGAGAAACGCUGACUACCGGCAUGGAUGUGCUCCAUCUGUAUUUUGCAUAAUGCUCAGCCACUGUGGAUCCAUCUGACUGCCACGAUGAUGUCAGUAGACGUGACCAAUCGCAAUGGCCCCUCUGCCAAACCUCCAACGUCUCUCAGCCUGCGCUCCUCCCACAACCAGCUCCUCAGCAGUGAUGUCAUCACACAAGGCUCAUCCACACCGCCCAAGUGUCGCAAAAAAUAUGCGCUCACAAAUAUCCAGACUGCCAUGGGCCUCGGGGAGGCGGUGCCACCUUCGUCAUCACCCUCGUCAUCACCUUCACAACUGGUGACCCCCAACAAUCCCAAGGUGGCCAAGAACGGAGUCAACCAGCUCCGUAAAGCUGGACAGGAUCACAAUAAAAAUACGACAGACCUCAUGGUAACUGACCUUGAUGGCAAUUCAGAAAUCCUGACGGAGGAUCUGAGUGUUAAGACGCCCGAGGAGCCUGAAGGUAAUGUGGAGGAUGUUGCCGAGCUGCACCCAAACGGUAACUCUGACCCCGAGUCGGAACAAAGGUCAGAAUCAGAGAGCUGCUGCAAGGUCAACACGGCCGUCGAUCUCAAACUCAACGGCAACUCGGCAGAGAUUGUUUAUGACUUCAACAUUCACGCGGAGCAAAGCGACAACAUCAACAUCCUUUUGGAGAAGGAACUAAAGUCACUGAUGAAGGCUGAGGAUGAUGAGGUGGCGGAGGAGCAUCAAGAUGACGAGAAGAAAGCGCUAUUGUUGACCAAGAGCGAGUUUCCCUUGAAUACCUCGCCCGCUCUGGAGAUCAUCUCAGACCUCCACUCUAAGGACUCCCCUGUGCCCCCUCCACCUUUCCCACCCAGACAGGCAAGUCCAGAGGACACACCCCUACUCUCGGUGGCUUCCUGCUCCUCCUCUUCCUCGUCCUCUCCAGAGACUAAGAAAGACAGAAGGACCGGUGCAAAGACGGACUGCGCUCUGAACCGUAUCCAGAAUUUGAACCCCAGCGAUGAAGAGUUGAGUUGGACCACUUUGUCCCAGGAGAGCAACUCCCCUGAGGUGACAGCAGAUAUCUGGAAUGAGCAGUCAUUCCAAACGGACCCAGAUCUGCCGCCUGGAUGGAAAAAGAUCACAGACAUGGCGGGUAUCUACUACUGGCACAUUCCCACGGGCGCUACCCAAUGGGAGAGACCCGCCACCCACCUUACACCCCAUGGACAGACAGAGCCCGACGCACCUGAUGACCACAAAUGCUCGACACCACGUAAACAAUCCCUUGGUUCACUCAGCCCCUCCCCCACUCCUGACCAAGAGUUAUGUCAGGCCGAGGUCUUCUUCAGGGGUUCCACCCGCUCUGGGAGCACCACCUCAGACAGCUCAGUGGAGCCUCUCCACGAACACAUUCUGCCAACAUGCGGAUUUGUCAACAGCUGCUAUUUUCCCCGAUCUACAUCGCUACAGGGGAUGUCAGAUCAAGAGUGCACCCCCCUGCAUCAAGAAGACAAGAAACACAUGUGGGGUGAUUUUGGCGGAAAGAUUGAUAGUGAGGUGUGGAAGGACUUGCAGGCGGCCACGGUGAACCCUGACCCCAGCUUAAAGGAGUUUGAGGGUGCAACGCUUCGCUAUGCAUCACUAAAGUUAAGGAACCGUCCAGCAGUGGAAGAAGACGACUCGAGCAGCGGCAACAGUGAUCCACAAUCAAAGUGUUUUGCAGUCCGCUCUCUAGGAUGGGUGGAAAUGGCCGAGGAGGACUUGGCACCUGGCAAGAGCAGCGUGGCCGUGAACAACUGCAUACGGCAGCUGUCCUACUCCAAAAACGACAUCCGAGACACAGUCGGGAUCUGGGGCGAGGGGAAGGACAUGUACCUGUUGCUGCAGAAUAAUAUGUUGAACCUGGUUGACCCGAUGGAUCGCAGUGUCCUUCACUCUCAGCCAAUCGCCAGCAUCCGCGUCUGGGGCGUUGGUCGUGACAAUGGCAGAGAGAGGGAUUUUGCAUACGUGGCACGGGAUAAAAAUACAAGGAUCCUAAAAUGCCAUGUGUUCCGCUGUGACACGCCGGCCAAAGCCAUUGCCACCAGCCUCCAUGAGAUCUGCUCCCGGAUUAUGACUGAGAGAAAGAAUGCCAAAGCGAUGGCAGGAGGCUCUCUCCAGGACAGGAUUCAGGCAGGACGAGACCUGCCCUUACAGGAAUUCCCCACACCAAAGACUGAGUUGGUUCAAAAGUUUCAGGUGCUCUACCUCGGAAUGAUGCCCGUUGCCAGACCAAUAGGCAUGGACAUAUUGAAUGGCGCAAUAGGUAGUCUCGUCAGUGCUUCCAGCAAAGAGGACUGGACUCCAGUGGCCCUCAAUGUGGCCGAUGCCACAGUCACCAUCAGCAAAGAGGAGGAUGAAGAGGAAGUGCUGGUGGAGUGCCGCGUACGAUUCCUGUCGUUCAUGGGCGUGGGACACGAUGUGCGUACGUUUGCCUUCAUCAUGGACGCUGGCGGCCAUCGCUACGACUGUCACGUGUUCUGGUGCGAGCCCAACGCCGGGAGUGUGUCCGAGGCUGUUCAGGCUGCUUGUAUGCUGCGGUACCAGAAGUGCUUGGUGGCGCGGCCACUUUCCCAGAAGGCCUGCGGCUCCCCACCGCCGGGCGACUCCGUGUCACGCCGGGUCUCCACCAGCGUCAAGCGGGGCGUCCUCUCCCUCAUCGACACCCUCAAACAGAAGCGGCCCGUCACAGAAUCACCGCAGUGACCGGAGAAAGCAUCCAAGCACUACCGACUUCCCCGGCCGUACCCUGCUCCCAGUCGCCAUGGUAACUACCCGCAUCGCUGCAGAAAGUACCAUAGACUCCUGUAACCAUGGUAACAGCCAAGACCCUCCAGAUUUUGUUCAUGAGCAUCAUUGUGAGCGUGUUUUCAACGUGAGACGGCUAAUUGUGAACAGUGUACAUAGAAGCGUCUCGUAUUCCCCAUAGGGCGGGGCAACAAAGACAGCGCGCCGUCGAUUAGUCGUCGUCAUUGCACGUGCAGCAUGACCUUGCACACUCGGCCAAGCCUGUUUAUUACGCCCACCUUGUCAGUGUUUAAAUGCGCCUCUACCGUAGACAUCAAUUUGACAUAGACGCCAUCUUGAACGCUGACUCGUGCGUCGCCGCCCAAUUGGAUCCUGCCACUCGGCAAGAUCGGUGAAAAUGCAGUCUUACGGUCAAAGCCCGGAGUCAUCGCUUUCAAAAUGAGCAAUUGUUGUGUUGGGAAUCUCUCACUUAUUCCCUACUCACUUAACACUUUUUAGGGAUUUUCUGUUGUGAACGGUUUGGUUCAUUCCUGAGGUACAUGGAAAUAUACUUUUCAAACACUGCUCGACUUCUUUGUUGUGAAAAGUAUGACAACUAUUUACCGUUUUAGUGCUCGGGCCAAAGCAAUUGCUUUGGCACCAUCUGGUGGCAUUGUGACGCCAAGGCACUAUAUCAUUGUGAGUUGAGGAGUUCAUCUAUUUGGUUGAAGUUGCCGCGCAGCCCUCUUGCAGC